AUGGCUCCUCACCCUACUCCACGACUUCAGCGUACUUCGCAAAACACACAAUACACAUACAACCUCUCGAGGCGAAUCCACGAUGUCAAGACAUACCCUGUCCAGUCCCCCCAGGGAGCCACGAUCCUCCUGUACGCUCAUGACAAUGGUGUGACGAUAGUUUGGCGCGGUGGAAGGCGUUUUAAGCACACACCGAAGAAGUCUUCACUCCAAGUGAACGAGAAACAGAACGGCACCCCCGACGAUUCCGUCAUGAUCAUCGACUCGGAUGAUGACGAACCCCCAGCCAAGGCCGGCAAGGCUCCCCCGCCAUUCACGGACAAACCCGAGUUCGAAGAUUCCGAGGAGGAUGGUCCGUAUCCCGAAAUCAUUCAGACCCUUGAUCUUUCCCUUGGCACUACCGCUCUCCACCUAGCCGUGCUGCCCAUGACACCCUGCCCCGCCGAAGACGCUUCGUGGGUAGGAGCCGAUGUGCUCAAGGAGAAGAUCGUCUUUACGGUGGCCUGCGCCACCAACGAGGUCUACGUCAUCACGCUGCCACUGACGCCCCCGAGCCCCGAAAGCAAGGCCCGUCCAGAGCUGAGAUCGAACUUGUUGGCGGGCAAGGCCGGUUCUGGCCAGUGGGGGGAGCGCGUUGUUCUCCUCGGCGGACAAUACAAACACAGUGAAGGUGUUGCCAUGUCAUUAAUCAAGCCAAAGGCAGCAUCCACCUCCGAUCGGACACGGGAGCAAAACGGCGCAUCAAGCACACAGAAACCUCGCCUUGUGGUGGCCGCACAUACCCGCGAGGCAUCGGGAACAUUGCGUCUUUGGGACGUCCCUAUGGAAGUCCAACCAGGCGAAGCCAGUGGCCAAAUCAACCCCUUCCAAUCCGAAUUCUUACCCAGCCCUCUAUCCAGCAUCUCUUUCAACCCCACACACCUUACCCAGCUUCUCACGGUAGCCUCGCCGCAUGCUGUACGCAUAUACGACUAUGCUCUGCCCUCGUUGCCUCCCGAUGACCAGGCCACCGGGCCGUUCCCUAGCCAGGGAUCCUGGCUUCUCUCCUUGUACCAGCCCUUCACUCGCCCUACUUCGACGCGGAAGCCCAUUCUUGACGCAGCCUGGAUCGCACAUGGCAGGGCCGUGCUUGCCUUACUUGCAGACGGCACCUGGGGUAUCUGGGAUGUGGAUGGUGCGAGUCCCUCCGGCGCCUCAAUCCUGGGCAAGAACAGCUCUGGUAUCAAGGGUGCUGCAAUCACGACCUUCAGCGUCAGCGGCCAUGUCGAAGGCACAGGUCCUUUGCGCACAUCAGCUGGAGUACCGAGGUCGAACGGCAAUGGCGAGUUUGUUCCUUUGACGCCGCAUAGCCGCCGUGAUGCUGCGGCAUCGUUGAGCGCAGCUGGCUCUCUGGAAAGGCUCGCGUCUAUCAGAGGCGGGAUCGCAGUGACGCCCUUGCCUGGCAGUGGUUCGGGCUCUGCUGACGAGAGCGUUGUGCUCUGGAUUGGCGGAUUGGAUAAUGUCUCCGUCAUUCCAGCAGUCUCUCGGUUUUGGGACGCACAACUGCGCCGAAGCUCGGGGGGCGGCGUGAACCUGUUCAGCGGCACCACUCCGACCAGGAUGAUCCGGUUGCAAGACUUGUCUACGGGCCUCCUCGGAGAGCGUUGCUGUGGCGUUAGCGCUGCGGUCAACUUUGCCAAGCUGAAGGAGAACGACGGCGGCCUGCAGAUCGAGGUUCUUAUUAUGGGGGAGAGCCGUUUGGUGAUAGUUCACGAGUCCGAGGACACACCUGGCACCAAGAUCGGAUCGGUUGUUUCGACACGCCGACGCCUGUUCGGCGACAAGGGCAAGGUAGAGCCGCCCAGCGCCAUUAUCGUCCACUCUCGGCCCGACCAGCCCCGAAACGUCUCGUUCAACCUUAGCGUUAAUAAGACGAGAAGCCUACGUUCGAAACCAAGCGGCCGCGACAGCUUCGAUGCCGAGCACGGCACGCACGACUUCACGCUGCCCGUCGGACGGCCUAAGUCGGGCUUUGGGUUCGCCGACACACUCAAUGCCGCGGCAGACCUCCAGGACGAUGUCACGACGCGUGAUGUCGAGGUGGAGAUGCUGGAUAUUCUGGAAAUUGACCGGGCUUUGGAGUAUAUGGAAGACGACCGGGGUAGUGGGCGGAAGAGGGUUCUCUUCGAGGAUGACCAGGACCGCUCGUUUCACUAA